UCCAACUUUUUUUUAUCUAACAUCAUUAUUUAAACAUGUUCUGUUACAUUAUGUAUAAGUUUAAUAAAGCUGCGAAUCUGACGAAGCUUUGUAAUAGUGAGUGUUGCGCACACACUCGGCGAAGAGCUCAGCUGCGAGUCAGAUUUUCCAUAGCUCAUUUAUGAGAAGCACACGAACACACUUCAGACUGCAGGACUACAAAUCUCUGAGGAAAUAAUGACAUGGACUUGGUUGUCCUGGUGCCUUUUCCUGCUGGGCAGUGUGGCGACAGAACCCGAGCCGGAAAAUUCUGACUGGGACUGGGGCUCUGGUUUACAUGAGCUGCUGCACAGCUUUCCUGCAGAUAGUCCUUUUCUCACAGAGACGCCCGGCAGGCCAGUCAACUGCACUCAACGCUUUUGGCUGCCUCCAUCCUCCCCUGUGUGCUGGGAUGAUAUAGCAGGCCCGGAGGAAUUUGAGAAGUCACGCCUUCUUGUGCUGCAGAACAGAGCAGCACUGCAGGCUGUGUCCACAGCUAGUGGUCUUGAGGACGGAGGACUUUCUUUUGAUCUACAGGCUAGAGAGGAUGUGCAGGGCGUCCGGGUGGACCAUGUCAUCGUGGCUCAAACUGCCGAUACAAUGCAGAAGGUGUUCUUGGAUCUAGAUGAGAAGAGGAAGGGGGGGAAAGAACAUUAUACUUUGUUAAGUCUGAAGGAGCACCUUGAAAACACACAAAUCUCCAUUGCUAAGAGAGAGCACAUAGCAGCACUUCUGGAAAAACAUCUAGCAAUUCUAGAGAAGUCCUUGCACACCAUGCAGCUUCAACUUACUGAACUAUUACCCCAGUGAUUUAAUAUAAACAGGACUACUUAAUGUUAUGUGGAUAUGUGGAAUAAAACUAAAAUGCAUGAUUUGUCUUUUCCAAAAAAAUAAUUUUUAUAAAAACAUUUAUAGUAAUAUAGUGCAUGCUUACAGCACGCUGUUCUUCUGUACUGGUACAUUUAAAGCAUUUUCUUCAUGCAUUACACCCUCUCUAUUAAGGAAAUGAGUCAAGUA